AUGAGUCCGACACUUUACCGUCCAUCCGCAACUUCCUCGUUUGUGACUUCUCUGUCCGGUCAACACUCCGUCAUUCUCGUCCUUCGUCCAGGACUUCUCGGUCCUUCCUCGGCCAUCGUCGGGAACUUCUCCACUCCGCACACGUUCAUCCUUCCCGUGUCUACUCAGUCUGUACCGUUACUGACCCGCGCACUUGAUUCCGGAACUCACAUUUCAAAAACCUUCCGUUCAAUCCUCUCUUCCACAGAGCUCUACGCAGCAAGAGCUCACCUAGGAACCACCGAGCAGUGUCUCUAUGUAUGUCUAUGGGAUUGUGGAAGUUAUAGAUUUCCCCAUUGGUUCACACUUUGGACUAACCCCAGUCGAACCCUACCCGACUCCAUGAUAAGGAGGAGGAGAAGGAAUAAGAAGACAGCUGGACAGUUGUUGGUUCCGAUUAGCUCUUCUAAUGUUCCAUCUGUAUCAACGGCCACUGCUGUUGUUGGUUCUGAAAUUUAUGUAUUCGGCGGCGGACUAGUCGGUUAUGAACCGUCCUCUGAAGUGCAGGUGCUUGAUUGUCGCAGUAACACGUGGCGCGAUGCAUCUAGUAUGAAUGUAGCACGGAAAUUUGCACCCACAUGUGUCUACGGUGAGAAGAUCUAUGUAAUGGGAGGAUGUGAAGGAUCAGAGAACGAAUCAUGGGCUGAGGUGUUCGAUACAAGGACUCAGACUUGGGAACGCCUCACCGACCCGGGUGAUGAGAUACGUAACUGUCGCAUUAGCAGAAUCAGAGAGAUCGAAGGUAAAAUUAAGUUCGGGAAUGUAGAAAGAAAGAUGUAUGGUUAUGACACGAAGCGAUGUGAAUGGGAGAACUGUGUAAACGAAAGCGCGAUAUAUGCUAGGUGGGAAUGUAUAAUGGAGAAUGUUUCAUAUGGCUUUUGGAACAAGCGAUUGUUGUGGUAUGACAUUGUAAAUGGUUAUUGGAAAGCGGUGAGAGGGUUAGAGUCAUUACUAGGGAUGUACAUGAGGAAUGGUGGAUCAAGGGGUCAUAAGACUAAACUAGUUUGCUGUGGUGGGAAAUUCUUGCUUAUUUGGGAAGGGUAUAUGAAUCGUAAUCCCGAUAAUAGGAAGAAGAUUUGGUGUGCGGAAAUCGUGAUAGAAGAGCGUGAUGAUGGAGUUGAGCGUUGGGGAAUUGUUGAGAGGGUUGAUGUUUUGCGUACCGUCCCUAGAAUAUGUCAGCUCUUGCAUUGCCUCGUUGUCUCGGUUUGAUUGACUUGUAACCCAGGUAUGAUGUUCGAACUGUAGGAUCUAACUGUAGUAUCUGGAAAUAGUUGGUUCACAGAUCCAUCUUUGGUCAAUAUCCAUGAGUUAGGCCUUCAUUAUCUUUCUCUACACUUAUAUACACGGAUCCCUUUUGGCUAAGUCACUGAAGAGUUGAGCUUAUUUUGUUUGAUAUAAAAGUUGAUUCUUCCUUUUUUUCCCUGUGUAUGUUGAUCAGUUGGAAAAGAGGAGAUGGGAGAGGCAAAAGCAGAGCAACAAAGAGUGAAGGAGAUGAUCAAUUAGUUAAAGGUUAAUAGUAGCUACAUUUUGUUAAACUACGGCUAAUUUAGUAUGUCGGUAUAAUUUGUCUAAACUCUUGUAAUUUACGAACCUGAUUCGUUGUGUAAUUGUG